AAAAAUUCCACAAUUUUACCGUUCAACCAAAUUAUAGGGGAAAAAAAAAUCAAGAAGAAAACCGAAACGGAUCUCCAUGCCGAGCACUGCAACUCUAGACGAUGACAACAAAAAAAUUACAUUAAUUCGGUGAAGCCCCAUCGUUCUCUCUCUACCUUAAUUGGUCUUAAACCCUAAUAGUCUCCACCAUUUCGUUAAUACCUUAUUGAUCGGUCUGGUUUAAGAUUGUGCACCGUUCAAUGCAAUGGUGGUCUGUAAAUGCAGAAAGGCCACUAAACUAUAUUGUUUCGUGCACAAAGUCCCCGUUUGUGGAGAGUGCAUCUGUUUUCCGGAGCACCAAAUAUGCGUGGUCCGUACAUACUCAGAAUGGGUAAUAGAUGGCGAGUAUGAUUGGCCUCCUAAAUGCUCCCAGUGUCAAGCUGAGCUUGGAGAGGGGACUGGUUCACAAACCACUCGUUUGGGUUGCUUGCAUGUUCUACACACAAAUUGCUUGAUUUCACAUAUCAAGAGUUUUCCUUUGCAUACGGCACCAGCUGGAUACAUGUGUCCUGCGUGUUCCACUUCAAUAUGGCCUCCCAAGAGUGUGAAAGAUUCGGGAUCCCGUCUUCAUUCAUUGCUCAAGGAAGCUAUUAUGCUGACUGGUCUGGAGAAGAAUUUGUUUGGAAACCAUCCAAUUUCAUUGGCAGCAAUAGAGUCCCGUGGGCCUUCUCCUGCAUUUGCAUCAGAUCCUCUAGUUGCAUCAUCUUCUACUGGAGGCAUGGAGAACAGUGCGAGCUCAUUGCCCUUGGUAGUACAAAAUGAAAUAACUGUUGCAGAAGGAGGGUCUUCCAAACUUUCAGUGACAGAUCCUUUGGAGAUAGAUGGUCCGAGUACAGCUGGAAAUUUUGUGAGAAGCUCGAGCCCUCCUGGUGCUACAACACGAAAGGGUGCCUUCCAUGUUGAACGACAAAAUUCUGAAAUUUCAUAUUAUGCAGAUGAUGAAGAUGCGAAUCGUAAGAAGUAUACUAGAAGGGGUCCAUUCCGGCAAAAAUUUCUUAGAGCUUUGCUUCCUUUCUGGUCAAGUACAUUACCAACUUUACCAGUGACAGCACCCCAGCGAAAAGAUGCAUCGAGUGCCAAUGAUGGGCCUGAAGGUCGUGUGCGGCAUCAAAGAUCAUCAAGGAUGGAUCCGAGAAAAGUCCUGCUUUUUAUUGCACUCAUGGCAUGCAUGGCAACUAUGGGUAUUUUGUAUUACAGACUAGUGCAGCGGGGUCUUGGUGUGGGACUGCAUGAAGACGAACAGCAGUGAAUAUGAGUAGAAUUGUGAUGCAUAUCAGGAUAUUGAGACCUGCUGGUUGCUGGUGCUUCUGCUGUUGUGUUUAUGUUUUCGUCCUCACAUGUUGCUAGAGAUGCAAGUGGAUUGUAGGGAAAUUUCAUUUCAGUGAUUACGAUGGUGAUAAGUUACACAUAUUUGCUUUAUAAUUUUUUUUUCUUAAAAGCCUUUACCCUUGUUUUCUGGGGUCUGUUUUGAAUCGAGUUGGAAGUUAAAAGGAAAUUGAUUUGUUCAAA